AUGUCGUCGGCGCCCUUCCUGACGAGAGACAGCAAGGACGUGGAGCACUGCGAUGACAUCUUCGCCCAGCUGAAUGAACUGCGCAAAAGUGGACAACUCUGUGACUGUGUUCUGGCUAUUGGAAAAUUUAACUUUCCCGCGCACAAAGCCGUCUUGGUAGAACGAAUACCAUUCUUUGCUGAUGUCUUCUUCGGCGAAGCACCCAAAGAGGACCUGAUGCGUGUAUUACGAAACAUCAAACCAAGGUAUAGCGCUGAUGAGGCUUUAUGA